CGCGCUAUGUCAGGAUCGGAAAACAAGUCGAAGCACGACCAGCAAGACACUUGGAGGCAUAACGUUCGGGGACUUAAUAACAAAUACAUAUCAAGCUUUUAACGGUCGAUUAAACAAUUCUAAGAGAUAAUUUAAGAAAAGAGUAGCCAUGGACGACGUAGAAUCGUACCGCAGUCAGAGCAAGAAACGAAGAAGUCGCUAUUUAAAAUUUGGUCUCGCUGCAGUUAUUUUUGUAGUCAUACUUGCUAUCAUUCUAGGAGUAGUGCUCAGUACAGCCAGUAACCCGUCGGGUGACAAUCUCAAAUCAACAGUCAUUACCAGAUGUGAAAAGUUUGUAGAAAGCACCAACAUAUCAAGGGAUUGCCAAAAGUUAUGGAACCUGUUUGAGCAAGCCUAUGUUGGCAGGGAUCCAUGUGCUGUACCUCCGGAGGCUUACAACCCUCUUAUGGCAGGCACGCACCUUGACCCCUCAUGCAACAGAAUGAUGUUCUGGAGCAAAACCAAGGAUCUGGUCCAUGAUUUCACAGAGAAGAGAGAUUGUUAUCAGACUCUGGAGGACACCCUGCUUGGUUCUGUCAUGGAUGGGUUGACUUGGUGUGGCAAGGAGGGCACCAGUGAAACGUUCACCACGGGUUGUCCAGGCUGGACGGAUUGUGACAACAACCCAGUCCGCUCGUUCUGGAACCGGGCCUCGGCUGAGUUUGCAGAUGCUGCGUGUGGUGAUGUGACAGCAAUGCUUAAUGGUUCCAUAGCCACUCCCUUCAGCCCCACUAGUGUUUUUGCCACUAUCGAGGUCAAGAGGUUCAACUCAACCAGAAUGAACGGACUGAAUGUUGUACUGGUCACCAAUAAGAAUGAUAUCACAACCUGUGAGAAUCCCUCUCUAAAGGUCCUACAGAAAGAAUUGGACCCAAAACUAAAGUACAGUUGUAAGGAGCUUACUCAGUCUAACAUCCAGGAGUGCAUGUUGAGUCCAGACCCAGCCUGCGGUGCCUGUUGGUAACACUCUGUACUGUCCUGUCACUGGAUCAGCCUUCAGUACUGCAUGUAAAACUGCCUCUGUGCUGGUGAAACAUGCGUGGCCACCUAAAUCUGUCUAACAAUGCUAUGGUAUGUCAACCCUCUACAAUGCGAGUAAAUCACUCGCAUAUGCGACCAAAUUUCACGCUGGGCGACUAAAAAUGAUCUUUAAUUAGCCAAUGGAUAGUAAAUUGUUCAAUUUCACUCGCUUGUGACUGAGUUAGAGGCAAAUAAUACGUUUAGCGCAGAUUUCAAUGACGCACCGUCGCUUGACUGCGAGUUAAAGGUCCCAUGACAUAAAAUGUUCACUUUAGGAGGUUAUUUAACAUUACUGUACUAGGUUUAUAAGUCUAGACAACCAGCUUAUUGGAGAGAGUUUAACAGACACCUCAAUAUCUAAAAUGAGCAGUUCAGACACAGUGGUACUCGUCUCUCUGAGGCAUAACCGUCAGCGGACAGUGUUUAUAGUGAAGAGACAAAAACAAAUAACACACAGCCAAUAGAUCUUGCAUGUUCGUUAUAGGCAGGUGGAGAUGGAGACAAUCACAGUAAGAAUACAAAAUGUGGAAUAAGUUAUAGCUUGGAAUACAUUACUAGAUAAUAAGCUGUAUAAUAGCUGAUCUACUGACUGUGAUUAACGUUAGCACUUAAGAAAGCCCUUAUUUCUCCCACAUCAUGUUUUAAUGUUAUUAUAUUGUAUGACAGGUGGAGUAUUUUAUUAUUUAUGAAUAUACACAUAUGUUGUAAUACAAUAACUGAAUGGUUAACAAUUGACCUCCCACCAGUAAAUUAAUUUGUUACUUUAAAUGUGUACAUGUGUACAUGUGGACAUUUUGUAAUUGUAGUGGCACUCCGUUCAGUCUUCUGUCCCACAGUUUUGAGGUCAGUCUGACGUAGCGCCAUCUGAUUGGAAGCUUACGGUCUGAAGUUUGGUUUUUAAAUACAAUACUAAAUUAUACGUUUUAACUUAAACAUUCCUUCAACUACCAUUACCGUUUCAAUCUUCGUUUUAACAAAAUCAUUAAACCAUGAAUUUGGCUCUUACAGUAAUGGUUUCGUUUAUUUGUAAAUGAAGCAUUUUUGCUUUCCAUAUUGAUGUAAUGGACCUACUGAGAUCUGAUUUGCUUGCUUGCUUGCUUUUUACCGUUAAAUGUUGGCUAUGAAUGUCAGUUUGUGAUCAAAAACAUAUUUUGUUGUAAAAAGUUGUUCAUUGAAAGACAUUUUAUAAAAUACUUGAGGGACAGUGGUCAAUGCUUUUACUAUAUUCUACAAGUAUUGUUGGUGUACAUCAAAUAAAAUACUUGUAGUACUUGUACAAGUGAUUUCUCUGA